AUGGUUGACAACCCCAACCCCGGUAAUUUCCACAACCGACCUCACGAAGAGGUCGAGAAUAUUGCUCGAAAGGGUGGACAAUCUAGCCAUCACAGUGGAUUCGCCUCUAUGGAUGCCAACAAACAGGCGGCCACGCUUCACGUGGAAAAUUUGAGCCAGGAAGCCCGAGAGCCAAGGAGGCAGGUCGGAAAGGAGGUCGAUCCGCCCAUCAGCCCGAAGAAUAAGGAUGAUGACUUGAUCGCGUGGCAGGGGCUUCACUGCGGCUAG